AUGGCGGAUGAUGAAGAGGAACCAGUCAUUUACUAUCCGCGUGUCCAUUACUUUCUCGAGGAGGAGAUGUGCACUGCGGCUGCCGAAAAUAAGCUAAGUCGACUGCGACGCAUUCUCAUGGAGAGAGUGGACCCUAAUUGGCUUAACGGUUUCGGGCUCUCUCCCCUGCAUAUUGCAGCAGAUAAGGGACAUUUCGAAAUUAUGAAGAUGCUUGUUUGCAACAAAGCCACUGUCGACAUCGAGAACCGCAGUGGCGUAACCCCACUUCACUUGGCGGCGAGAGGGGACCACUACAAGUGCGCACAGCUUCUUCUUCUGGCUGGUGCCGACGUCUUCAAAGAGUGCUGGUCUCUGUGCACACCCCGUGAAUUCGCACCGAAAGAUAGCAAAACGCGCUGGUUGUUGGAGAAGCGAGAACAGGGUGUCGUACCGGAUCCGAAGGACGUUUUUGAGAUGAAUGUGGACCCAAUCGUGCCCAAGUUUGCCAUUCCUCAGCCAGAGCCGGAUCCGAAGGCCAGAAAUAAGCCAAUGCCGAAGAAGAAGAAAUAA